AUCGCUUCCAGGGUAUAAGAAGACAGGCCUAGGACCCUGAGCCCGCACCAACACCCCUCGGCUGCCUCUUGGGGUAAGACUUCCUGCUUUCGCUCAGCUCAAGAGUCAAGGUAUAGAUGUCUAUUUAAAUACGUUUGUUUAAUUUUCUGACAUCUUUCCAAGUCAUCAGGCCACCGAUGAUUUCUUUUCUCUUUUCUCUUGAAUAAUAAAUCUCUAACCACCAGCUGGCCCUACUCUAUCCUGCCGCGUAGAAAUAAAACUUGGCUGUGUUUUUGGGGAGCUGGAAGAGAGAAGGCGCCCACCCGGAGCGUCAGAAGGACUGUGCUUGUCAGUACAUGGACCACUAGCGGCCCCCCAGCUUGGGCCCGGGCUCCCUGCGGCCCUCUCCCUAUGUGAGGCGCGGCGGGACGAUCCACUCCGGAGGAAGAGGAGGACCCACUAACGCGGGGCCGGAAGGCAGCUGGCAGCAGGCCCAGGAGAACCGGCGCCCGCGUUCAUGUUCCGCCAGGAGCAGCCGCUGGCCGAGGGCAGCUUUGCGCCCAUGGGCUCCCUGCAGCCGGAUGCCGGCAACAUCAGUUGGAACGGGACCGAGGCACCCGGGGGCAGCACCCGGGCCACCCCCUACUCCCUGCAGGUGACACUGACGCUGGUGUGCCUGGCUGGCCUGCUCAUGCUGUUCACAGUGUUUGGCAACGUGCUGGUUAUUAUUGCAGUGUUCACCAGUCGUGCGCUCAAAGCGCCCCAAAACCUCUUCCUGGUGUCUCUGGCCUCAGCUGACAUCCUGGUGGCCACGCUGGUCAUUCCCUUUUCUCUGGCCAACGAGGUAAUGGGCUACUGGUACUUUGGUAAGGUGUGGUGCGAGAUCUACUUGGCGCUGGAUGUGCUCUUCUGUACGUCGUCCAUAGUGCACCUGUGCGCCAUCAGCCUGGACCGCUACUGGUCCAUCACGCAGGCCAUCGAGUACAACCUGAAGCGCACGCCGCGCCGCAUCAAGGCCAUCAUCGUCACCGUGUGGGUCAUCUCGGCCGUCAUCUCUUUCCCGCCACUCAUCUCCAUAGAGAAGAAGGGCGCUGGCGGCGGGCAGCAGCCGGCGGAGCCCAGCUGCAAGAUCAAUGACCAGAAGUGGUAUGUCAUCUCGUCGUCCAUCGGGUCCUUCUUCGCGCCUUGUCUCAUCAUGAUCCUGGUCUAUGUGCGCAUCUACCAGAUCGCCAAGCGUCGCACCCGAGUGCCGCCCAGCCGCCGGGGCCCAGACGCCUGCUCCGCGCCGCCUGGGGACACCGAUCGCAGGCCCAACGGCCUGGGCCCGGAACGGGGCGCGGGCCCCGCGGGCGCCGAGGCCGAGCCUCUCCCCACCCAGCUUAACGGCGCCCCGGGGGAACCCGCGCCCGCCGGGCCGCGCGACGGGGAUGCGCUGGACCUAGAGGAGAGUUCGUCGUCCGAGCACGCUGAGCGGCCCCCGGGGCCCCGUAGACCCGAGCGCGGUUCCCGGGCCAAGGGCAAGACCCGGGCGAGCCAGGUGAAGCCGGGGGACAGUCUGCCGCGGCGUGGGCCGGGACCUGCGGGGCCCGGGGCUGCAGGGUCGGGGCCGGGAGAGGAGCGCGGCGGAGGCGCCAAAGCGUCGCGCUGGCGCGGGCGGCAGAACCGCGAGAAGCGCUUCACGUUCGUGCUGGCUGUGGUCAUCGGCGUGUUCGUGGUGUGUUGGUUCCCGUUCUUUUUCACCUACACGCUCAUAGCGGUCGGCUGCCCUGUGCCCUACCAGCUCUUCAACUUCUUCUUUUGGUUCGGCUACUGCAAUAGCUCGCUGAACCCGGUCAUCUACACCAUCUUCAACCACGACUUCCGCCGCGCCUUCAAGAAGAUCCUCUGCCGUGGGGACAGAAAGCGCAUCGUGUGAGCCAGUGGGACGUGCCCUGCUUACAGGCGCUUGUCCGAUGCAGG